CUUCUUCCUGGGCGCUGCCUGCGAGGUGGCUGCCAUCUGUGUAGCAGCAUCAUGGCUGCCCUCCAGCCUCUGGUGAAGCCCAAGAUCAUCAAAAAGAGGACCAAGAAGUUCAUCCGGCACCAGUCAGACCGAAAUGUCAAAAUUAAGCGAAGCUGGUGGAAACCCAGAGGUAUCGACAACAGGGUGCGGAGAAGAUUCAAGGGCCAGAUCCUCAUGCCCAACAUUGGUUACUGGAGCAACAAGAAAACCAAGCACAUACUGCCUAGCGGCUUCUGGAAGUUUCUGGUCCACAAUGUCAAGGAGCUGGAAGUGCUGCUGUUAUGCAACAAAUCUUACUGUGCUGAGAUUGCUCACAACGUUUCCUCCAAGAACCGAAAAGCCAUCGUGGAAAGAGCAGCAAAGCAGGGUCGUGGGUUCAUCGGAGACCUUUCAGGGGUUUUUGUUGAAGAAUUCAGCUAA